AUGAGUCACCAAUUCAGAAAGAAAAAAGUUAUACUUGAGACUACCACAACCUUUACCACGAUCAUUACUACAACCUCUACUUGUUCACCAUUACGGCCUUUACCACAACCUCUAGAUCUGCUUGAUUCACCAUACAGCUUUUAUUACAAUCUCUAG